UCAGGAAACACCCUGUCAGCUGACCAACUUCCUCUUCUUCCUCUUCUGUUCCCCUCCAUCACACUUUAAGUCACUUCCUACAAGUCACCCAACCAACCAGAGCUUCCUGCAAUGGUCUCCCUGCCCCCUCCUCCUCUCAUGUUUGACCAAUUGCCAGCAGCUGUUACUCAUUUCACAAUAGGCCCGCCCAUCCACUACUGAGACUGGCAGUGACACUCUUAGCGCUUCCUUAGAGCAAGAUGUCUCCGCUGUCAGAGUAAAGGCGACCUGCUGCUGCUGUCGUAUUGAGAGAAGCCUGGGUCAUUUUGUGGGAUAAUUUAACCCUCACCAUCACCUCACACCUGCUGGCCUGAACAGGGAAGCCCUUCUGAAUCGGAUAGCAUCCUCCUCCUGGGGCCAUCCUCAUGGUCCUGCAGGCGGCUCGCAGGGCCCAGCAAGCACACGCAGCCCAUUGCCCAGAAACGCCUGCAUCCUAAAAGGGAUGGCCUUGAAGAGGCACCUGCUGUUUGGUGUGUGGAGCGUCGUCUGCCUCCUGCUUAUCUACAUGCUGUGUUUAAACAUGCAGCGGCCUUCCUUUUACCUGCUUGGUAGGAAUUUCCAUCCUGUGGCAUGGAGGCCGAUCAGCAUCUCUAAGGAUUCUCCACCCAGAUGGAGCAACCUUAGCCAGCAAGCCCUGACCUCCACACCUCCUAACCCCAUAGGAGCCAAACAGACAGCAGCUUUAAAGACUCAACCAGUCACCAAACCACCAAACCCAGCAAAAAACCAAACCCUAAAUGCCUUAAAGUCCAUUUUCAGGGCUGAAGAUGACAAAGCCAAGAAAAGCACCAGGGCCCCUCCUGUGAAACCCACCAAAGCUCGAGGCCCCACAGAUCCCCCCUUCAUUGGAGACUCUUACAUGACUGAGAAUGUCCCUCCACAAACAAAUUGCCCAGAUGGGAUUCAAAGUCGGAUAAAGCAGUCUGAAUUUGGAGGACGAUUCCUGGAGCAUAUUCCGGUCCUGCAAUGGGCCCAACAUGUGACUCAGGAGCAGCACCAGCGUCUGAAACGGUAUCCAGGAACACAUGGCUGGGGAGGCAUCGACUACAACACUCUGAUGGAUACUCUGUCUGUGCUAAACUCCUCUGCAAAUUGGAGGAUGUUGGAUGACUGGGAAACUCGUAAAAAUGAAUCGGAGUGCAGCCGAUGUGCCGUGGUGGGAAAUGGUGGGAUACUGAAGAGCUCAAACAAAGGGAAGGAAAUCGACAGCCAUCAUUAUGUCUUCAGGACCAACGGAGCAGUCAUUAAAGGCUUCGAGGAGGAUGUGGGGUCACGGACCACCCACUACACCUUCUCCACAAACACAUUAAUGAACUCCAUGAGGAGCUACGGAUACGCCGGGUACCAUGGGCCUCCUGUGUCCACGGAGACACGAUAUGUUUUCCUGCCCGAUCAUGACCGGGAUUACCUGCUGAUGAAGGCAGCAGCCAUGCACACACCAGUGGGGAGGGGACCUGAGCAAGGCAAAGACCCAACAAAGUACUUUGGAAAGGAUGUCUCAGCAGCAAAGCUAAAGAUGUACCACCCAGAUUUCAUCCGUUACCUCAGAAACAGAUUCCUUCGGUCAAACAUUCUGAAAGGCAGGUAUAAGAGCAUCUACCGUCCGUCGACGGGUGCGGCAAUGCUGUUGGCUGCACUGCACACCUGCGACCAGGUGAGUGCGUAUGGCUUUAUGACGCCAGACUACAGAAACUACUCGGACCAUUACUACGAUAAAACCUAUCACAGUGUGGCCUUCUAUGCCAACCAUGACAUGCGUAUGGAGAUGGUUGUGUGGCAGCAGCUGCACAAGGCAGGUCUCAUUACACUGUACAUGGGGCAGUAAAACCGAUGUCACCCUUCCUGUAAAGGAGAGCACAGGAUGGAAGUUUUCCUUUUAAUGAAGAACUAAACAACAGCUGAUUUGUUUUUUUUUUUCUGGGAAAGGUGAUUUUAUUUAAAAAAAAAAAAAAAACCUCAGUUUGCUUGACUUUUCCUAAUUUAUCACCAUCAGGUUGAAGAUUAAGUUAUGAAAAAAAAAAGGUGUGGCACUUUUUUGCCAAGUCUUCAUAAAAACAUACAAAAAUAAUGGCCUCCAUUGUAACAUAAAUGUUUGGAUUUCUUUCUUUCUUUUUAAUCCCAGUUUGGAUUUCUGAGUCUUUACAAAAAUCCACCAGAAAAGCUCCUGAAGUUACAAUUCAUAUAAAUUUGCUACUUCAACAUUACUGACCUCAAGAUUCAGCAUCCCACUUUGAGUAUAAGGUACUGAUCAAUCCAGCAAUAAACCCAUCAAUUUGUAUUCCAUGCUGUCACACACAAAAAUAAUUUCCUGGUGAAAACGUGUUAUAAUUAUUCCGGUUUAGUUUUGAGGUUGGUUUCUGAUCUCUAGUUUUUGAAAAGCUUUGACCUUCUGAUACCUUUCAGGCGAUUCUGAUUUCUCAUGAACAACUUUAGCCUUCACCCGAUGAACAUAAUUAUUUUAAUCAGGUGAAAAAAGGCGAUGUCACACUGUGUGUGAGACAGGAUGGUUUUACCAUUUUUAAAACAAAAAAACUGAUUUGCUCUCAAUGAUUUAUUUAUAGAUAAAAGUUACAACUUGAACAUUGUUAACUUUGUGGUAUCAUUCUGAAGUCUGAAUCUUAGCUUCUGGGCUCUAACUGUUAGCAUAGUCAUAAACAAACAUGCUAACAUUAGCAGGUAGCUCAGAUUGCUCUGUUUUAAUACAAAGGACUGGAACUUAACUGAGUGCAGCUUCAUUGUUGCUCAGUGAGUGUUGGCAGGACCUAAACAGUCUAAAGUAAUUUAGACUGUUUAGGUCUGUGGCUAGUCAUGGUUCGAUUAUUAAAGUGGUGAAGAUAAACAUGAAUAAAACGUAUUCGUUUUAUCACAUUUAAUCAGACUUUUUUUGACGACCCAUCUACUGAUAAAAUAAGCUUUUAUUUAAAUUUUUGCGGAAAAUUUGUAUUUUCUCUAAGAAUAUGUGGAUUUCUAGUCAGUGGGAUAAAAUAAUGCAUGAGUACUAAUAUUGGAUUAUUUAAACAGGAUCUGAGAUCCUGUUUAAAUAAAAGAUCUGAGACAAAUGCAUACAGGCUGGUAAAUGUUUCAAAGUCAUAAACAUCCACACUCCAAGAUAAUGUUGAGCUUUGCUCUCUUCUAAAGGGUAAUUGAGCAAUAAUAAUCUCUCAAAUAAAAAGCUGUGCAUGAAGAGUCACUGUGGAGACCCAAGAUUUGUUUUUCACAAUGCCAAAGAUCAGUUUCUAGCCAAAGUGAGGACAUUAUUUGAAUGCAAAAUAUGUGUGAGUUCCUGAAGUGAUGGGAGGAAAGUUUAUAACAUUGCCAGAAAUAAAGCUGUCAUGUGCACAGGAAUAAAUGCAAUUCUUUGAACCCAAAUUAUUUUGCUGAAAUGUUCAUUUUUAGGUUUCCCAAAACUAAAACAGCACAGUGUGCAACAGUUUUUCUCUUACUACAGCAACAAGGACUGUAAACCUGCCCCAUCACCAAAGAUCGGUCUUAUUCCACUUUUAGAGCCGUGAAUCAUGACAAACAUGUUGCCUAGAAGAAUGUGCAUCACAAAAUACACUUCUGCUAUAAAGUUUUGUGUCAUGGGAGAUUGUGUGCUGAUAAAAUACAGCUCAGUUUGCCACUUCUUUAAAAGAUCUCAUCUACAGACCAAACAAUCAGAGCUCUGCUGGCCAAAGUUUAUUCUGAAACUAUUCCUUUCGGACUGUUUUACUGUGGAAUGCCUCUAAGUGUGACUUUAAAGCUGACGGAUUACCAUGUACAUAUGAAAGCAUUUAUAUAUUUUACUAUCUUGAUUUUGAUUAUAUUUUUAUGUUUUUACAAGUUGCCACGCUGUGAGAUUUUGUGGCUUUCUGUGCCUUUUAAUGUGAACCAGCAUGUUUUCUUCUGAGGCGAUUGUUGGGUGUUUCUACAGAGACGGGAAACAGGGGAGCUGUUGGUGUAAGACUUAUGUUUUAGGGUGAAAAUGAUUCAUCUAUUUGGGACGGUUUGUUCACAUGAAUGCUCCCCUGUGAGCCGUUACAGGAGUCAAAUGUCAAACUGUCCGCUUUGAUGUGUUGAGUCACCCUAGAUGACAUAAAUGGAAAGUUGCACCUUUACUACAGCCAUAAAUCACUGGUUUUCAAAUGGAAAACAAGUAAAGAAAAUAACUAAAUGGUGUAUCAGGGAGUUUUUUGUAUUUUAGUUUGAUCCAAAUAAAGUGGUUCAGUUUUCUAAACCUGUUUAUUUUUGUACAAACUGUAGCCAUGCAAAGGGACUUUUUACAGUGCAAUUUCUGUCUUCAUUUUGACUUAUUAAAACUGUAUAAACUGAAAUGUUGAAUUUAUUUUGGUGCUUAUGACUGUCUCUCUGUUGUUCUGUAACCUUUGCUACACUUUCUAACUAGCAGAAAACUUCCUGGAAUAUAUUUAAGAUGUCAAUAAAAAUAAAAGGAACUGAAA